AUGGAACGCAUCUUCAAUACACGAUUUCUCAUUGUCAGCCUAUGCACCGUCUUUUUUAUCUCAUUGGUUACCUUGAUAUCAAGCUUGUUCCCCAUUGAACGGUGGCCACUCGAUCGCUUCAGUCUAAAUCCCGGCAAUGAGACAUGGACAACCUACAACCAUGAGAACAACGGUACCUUCCUAUCCGAAACGGCUGUUGAUAAGGAUGAUGGUGGCGGCAUGGCAACAGAAGAGGCUGCUGAGGAUUUGGUUCAUGUGGAAACAGCACCCACCAAAGCCAGCGAGUGGAAACCCAAGCAAUUUGACUACCCCGAGCCCAUUAUCAUGUCAGCUAUUGAACGCAACAUACGCAAAGAGAACAAGGACAAGAUCUUGUUAACAGCAGUGGCCAAUUCGGGUAUGAGCGAGUAUACAUUGAAUUGGAUUGCUUCAUUGGAGCGCACAGGCCAAGAUCAUCAUUUCCUUGUAUUCGCUAUUGAUGCCGAAUUGACUACGAUCCUGCAAGAGGCAGGCUAUGGCGAUCAUGUGGUCACGAUUCCCAAUACCUGGUUUCAUAAGGCGUUGUCCAGUGAAUUCUCUAAAUGGCUUCAAGGCGGAUAUACACCCAUCACUCAUGCCAAGACACUCGUCGUUGAGAGAUUGCUCUAUGUGGACAUCACCGUUUGGUUCUCUGAUAUCGACUUGGUCUUUGUAUCGGAUGCUAUCUACUCGUACCUACUUCAAAAGCUCAAUGCACGAGGCAGCAAAACGGAGACUCUCUUUACACAAGAAACGGAGCAAAGGAUCGUCAAUUCAGGUUUCUACUUGAUGCGGCCUACCAAUACCAAUAAGCGCAUCCUCGCAGAUACAAUCAUGAUUCAAGACAACGAGCCCAAAGUCACCCAACAACGUGCUAUCAAUCGUGUAUUGGAUGACAUGGAUCUAUCUUAUCAAACCAGCUCCAUUGCAUUGCUCGAAUUAGCACUUUUUCCACAUGGACGCUUAUACUUUGAACGCAAUAUCCCAAACCGAUACGGCUUUGAUCCAAUGAUUGUGCAUGCAAAUUAUCGAGUGGGAGAUCAGAAAAAGGAGGCUCUCAAAAAAGCUGAUCUAUGGUACAUAUAG